AUGUUUCAUCGGCACUUGUGUAAACUCUGCUCCAAGACGCCCUCUGCAGCCACGCUGGCCUCACCACUCGGCAAACUGCAGGAAGAGAGGGGGGAGGGUGUCGCAAAAGACCCGAAAAAGGACAAGCAGCACAGACAAAUAUUUUUGCAAAAGUUCCGUGAGCGACUGGACAGCGACACGACGGGCAAAAACACACUGGCCGGAUUUAUUGACCUUCCCGAGGGGAUUUCGCCGACGAUGGCGGCGGUUGGCCCGCUGAAACGGGGCGAGGAGCCGCUGCCGCCGUGGUUGAAGAUGAAGGUUGCGAAGGGCGUCUCACGGCUUCCGCGCUUCAACAGGAUUCGAAAUUCCAUGAGAGAGAAGCGCCUGGCGACAGUGUGCGAAGAAGCCAAGUGCCCCAACAUUGGCGAAUGCUGGGGUGGGGACGAGGAGGAGGGCACCGCGACGGCAACGAUCAUGGUUAUGGGAUCGCAUUGCACACGAGGUUGUCGCUUCUGUUCUGUGCUGACGAGCCGCACGCCGCCUCCACUUGACCCAGACGAGCCGCAAAAAGUUGCAAACGCUGUCGCAGAGAUGGGAGUUGAUUACAUUGUUAUGACGAUGGUUGAUCGUGACGAUUUGACUGACGGUGGGGCUGCACAUGUUGUGCGGUGUGUGAAUACCAUUAAGGAGAAGAACCCGUUGUUGCUCCUCGAGGCUUUGGUGGGCGACUUCCACGGCGAUCUUAAACUUGUGGAGACGGUCGCCUUAUCGCCGCUUAGUGUUUAUGCACACAACAUUGAGUGUGUGGAGCGUAUUACACCAAAUGUGCGGGAUCGGCGCGCCUCGUAUCGUCAAUCGCUCAAAGUACUUGAGCAUGUCAACUCCUUUACUAAGGGCGCGAUGCUCACAAAGAGCAGCAUCAUGUUGGGUCUCGGUGAGAAGGAGGAGGAGGUGAGACAAACCCUUCGAGACCUGCGUACUGCCGGUGUUUCAGCGGUAACACUCGGCCAGUACUUGCAACCAGCACGCACGCGUCUGAAGGUGAGCAGAUACGCACACCCAAAGGAGUUUCAAAUGUGGGAGGAAGAGGCAAUGGCGAUGGGUUUCUUAUACUGCGCCUCAGGGCCACUGGUGCGUAGUUCGUAUCGGGCGGGGGAAUAUUAUAUCAAGAGCCUUGUAAAGCAACGCGGAGCCGCCGCCACAAAAUCGAAUACCACUACCACUACUACUACUACUACUACUACUACUACUACUAACACCGCAUCACUUGCCGCUGCUACUGUGACGGAUUCGGCGACAUUGCAGGGAGAAUAA